AUGGCGAGUUAUUCAUUUUCAUCGCCGGGCUAUGUCAAUAUUCCUCCCUAUUACAAUACAACACCUAAUAGUUGUUCAGGUUUGAAUUUUCAAUAUUCAUUACCUGAAAGUUAUACAACAAAUGGUACUUCAUCAGUUAGUACUUCAUCUGGUACAUUACCAUAUAGUACACAACCGGCUUUUGAUCCAACUUAUUAUCAUCAAUUUCCACCAUCUUUUAGUUAUCCAUAUUAUCCAUCAUCGGCAUAUCCUUCACCAUAUACAUCAAAUCAAUUAACAACGGCAUUAAAACCUUCAGAAGAAUAUCAAAAUGAAUCAAUUCCAUUAUCAAUUCAUGAUCAUUCAAAUCCAAGUACAUCAAAUUCACCAUCACCAUCAAUAAAAAUUGAUGGAAAAAUUUGUUCAACAUCAAAAUCUAAAACAAAUCGAAAUCGAAAUAAAAUUCAACAAUUAUCACCUGAUUUAGAUAAUAAUAUUGAACGAAUAUUUAUAUGGGAUUUAGAUGAAACAAUUAUUAUAUUACAUUCAUUAUUAACUGGAAGUUAUGCUCAACAUUAUCAAAAAGAUCCUCAAGCAGCAAUGAAUCUUGGUUUACGUAUGGAAGAAAUAAUAUUUAAUUUAGCUGAUACAAAUUUAUUUUUUAAUGAUCUUGAAGAAUGUGAUCAAGUACAUAUUGAUGAUACAUCAUCAGAUGAUAAUGGACAAGAUUUAAGUAAUUAUAAUUUUUCAACUGAUGGUUUCAAUUCAUCAUCAUCAUCAUCAAAUAUGAAUAAUACAGUUCGUGGUGGAGUAGAUUGGAUGAGAAAAUUAGCAUUUCGUUAUCGACGUAUAAAAGAUAUUUAUAAUAAUUAUCGAAUGGAUAUACAACAUUUACUUGGUCAACAAAAAUAUGAAGAAUUACGUCAAUUACGUUUAGAUAUUGAAACAUUUACUGGAUCAUGGCUUACAUUAGCAUCAAAAGCAUUGAAUAUUAUUAAACAAAGAAAAAAUUGUAUUAAUGUACUUGUAACAACAUGUCCAUUAGUUCAAGGAUUAUCAAAAGUUCUUUUACAUGGUCUUGGUAGUGUAUUUGAUGUAGAAAAUAUUUAUAGUGCAACAAAAAUUGGUAGAGAUAAUUGUUUUGAACGUAUACAUACAAGAUUUGGAAGAAAACCAACAUAUGUUGUUAUUGGUGAUGGACGUGAUGAAGAAUUAGCAGCUAAACAACUUAACUGGCCAUUUUGGCGUAUAAAUGAACAUCAGAAUCUAACGGCUUUAGUUCAUGCACUUGAAUGGCAAUUUCUUUAA